AUGGUCGACGCACUCGCCGACGUCGCGCGCUGGUACCGGUCGCAGAAGCUCCCAGGAACGUCAUCGCCCGUGAGCUCUGACACGCGGCUGCACCGCAUUCUUCAGCUCGACGCCACAAGAGCCUACCUUCGCACCAAGAUUGAGGCGCUAACACGCCACGACCACGGGUGCGUAAGCCUCGAGGCCGCGCUGUACAUUGAGCUGCUCGACCCAGCGGAUCCCCGGCUAGCGCACGUUGUCGUUGACCGCAUGGACACUGAGCAAAGCAAGAUGGCAAUGGAGCGCUUCGCAUUCAAUGUCUCGAUGGCAGCGCAACUACGCGCCUUCAAGAAGACGCAAGCUACGCGUGCGCGAAUCGACGCAACGUCCGUGGCGACAGUGGAUGCCAAGGAUCUGUCCUACGACCAAUUCCUAGCCGAGUACGCUUUGCCCAAACGACCUGUGGUUCUUCGUGGCGGCGCCCAUCUUGUCUUGACGAAAAAGAUGUGGAGUCUGGCGUCGCUUGGCGCCAACGCCGCCGUCGCCUCCAAGCCAAUGCCAACAAAGCGCUACGUACACGACUCGGUGCAGUGGGCGCGGCUCGAGGACGGGCCUACGAUGCCGCUUGGUGCGUUCGUCGACGGGUUGGAGAAGAGCGAUCUGUACGUCCACGACCACUCGGUACCGCUGCACCUUCCAGAGCUUGUGGAGGACGUUGCGAUUCCUGCGAUCUUUGCCCACGACUAUCUCCAACGCUUGCCAGAAGGUGCGCUGUACCGAGAGACGUGGCCGAGUCUCUUUGUCGGACCCAAGAACACGGCGAGUCAGCUCCACAUCGACUCGUUUGGCUCCAACUUUUGGAUGGCGCUGCUCGACGGACGCAAACAGUGGAUCCUCGUGGACCCGCGCGAUAUGCAUUUGCUGCGCCCUCGACGGUACCCCGGUCUCCACGAUGUUGUGUUUGACGUGGCCUUGCCUACCACAGCUGACGACGAUCCCUUUUGGUAUGCUCGUCGGGAAGAGUGCGUCUUGGAGGCCGGCGACCUUCUCUUUGUACCGACGGGAACGCCCCACUACGUGCGCAACCUCACAGCCACGCUCGCUCUCUCGGCCAACUACAUUGACCGCAGCAAUGCAGAAGUAGCGGUCGACGCACUGACGCGCCAGGCAAGCACGGAUCCACGCGCGGGCGACGUUGCGCGCCAUGUUGCGCAGUGCAUGCGCGGGCCACAACCCGCCGCACACGCCACACAAAGCGUCCCGUUUGCCACCUUCAAGUCUCCGAUGCAAGCACCCGAUGAUGCGCCGCCAGCCGCCAAGCGGCGUAGACUCGACGCCGAGUUCCUCGCCGACUGGAGCAGCGACGACGAGGCUCCUAGCGACGACGGCGCAGCGCUUCCGCAGCGCUAA